AUGGAGGUCGGCAUCACCGACUCGUCGUCCUUGCAAGACGGACGGAAUGAUGGUGUUUGUACUGACAAGACAGAAUUGCAUCCAAAAGACUACCAAAUGUGGCGACUGCUGGCCACAACAACGACCGUGCCGCACGUGCGGCAUGUCAGCAUGUGCGCCACGGACAUUCGAUGGCACAAUUACUUUCUGAUACACAUGCACCAGUACAUGGGUAUCGUCGCCGCCGUUGUGGCGUUGGCAGCACAGACGAGUGUGGCCCAAGCGUGCACAGCUCGCGGCGAGAACGUGACCGUGUCUGGUUUUGUAAUGGACAACUUGUGCAUCUCGUUGGGAACGCUCUUGGACAACCCCACGGUGUUGACGCUGAAAGGGCCGGACGUCCACUCGAUCCACUGUUUGGUUGAUGUGAGGAGCUGUGUCGCAUCGAAAUACGCGAUCCUGGCCCCGCCCGCGAAUGGGUCGGAUCUCUACUCGGUCAAGUACCAGCUCGGCCAAGACGGCUCGACCACGGCCAAAGCGUACGCGGAAGCAGCACGGGCGCUCGGCGGCAAACAAGGGUUUUCUGUCACAGUCACGGGAAUCGACGAUGGCACGAACGAACUCCAAUGCGUCACCGUGUCGAGGAACGUGGUUGUCGACGGAAAAGCCCUUUCACUGCCGGCGACGUCGAUCAACAGUGCAGCGGGACUCGCGGCGGUCGUACCUGUUGCAUUUGCUGUGGCCGCCGCCUGGUUGGCAUGAUAAUGAUCGAGCAGGUCGCUAGCGAACCAUGCCUAACGACUAGUGUAAAUGUUUCGGUCACGUGGUCCAUUGGCGCCCGUGAGUUGGCCAUCCCUUCCAUACAUGCAAACACUGUCGUCGAAUACUCGCCAAGUCGCGAGGACUGUCCACGGAGCAGGGCGGCCCCUCUGCCUCCUCAAACGCCCUCCCCGUCGUCGUCCUCUACGGUUGUUACAAUGGAGCACGUCUGAGAUCUCAGAAAUGGCCGAGGACUGUUGUUUCGAG